AUGGCGACCAUUAUUUCUAUUCGGAGACUACCUCCGGAAGAGAUCGGUGAGCUUCGCGGUCUUUAUCGAGUCGAUUGGCCAAAACAUGCGUUUACAUUCUACACAUUGGAUAAUUUCUUUCGUUGGCGAAAAUGGUUCCAAAAUGAUAAGGUACAGUUGUACACGGACUUGAACCAAGAUUGGAGAGAAUCUGGGACAUUUCUCGCAAAGUGGGAGUACAACGAACCAAUGUUUGUUAAUCUUCCCGGUCGAUUGAUCGAUCGUAAUCCUUCGCUUGGUGCAUACGAUCUGGAAGGACAUUUAGUCGCUUGGUGUUUAAUUGACCAGACGGGAUCGUUGGCUCUUUUCCAAACUGUUGCGGCGCAUCAAAGAAAAGGCUUGGGUCGCGCAAUCAUUGAUCGAUUUUCAAAGCAACUACACAAAGACGGAAUCUUACCACAAGCGCUCAUCGUGGACAGUAAUGUACCGUCAAGAAGUUUGUUUGAAAAACUAAACUUCAACGCCGUCGAUAAUUGGUGUUGGACGAGGUUUGAUAAAAUUAUUGAGAAUCAAACAGAAAAGUAG